AUGAAGUACCCAGGCGUGGAGCUGAUUUUUGACCAUGUUGGACACUUUGGCAGAUUCCAGAGGUUCAUCUAUUUUGUAUGUGCAUUCCAGAGCAUGUCAUGUGGUAUCCAUUACGUGGCUUCCAUGUUACUGGUAAUCUCCCAGGAGGAGACCUGCAAGCCCCCAAGCAACAUAACUAAAUUUGCCAACCUCAACGCUUCUGCUGCAAAGCUGGAGGAUCUUUGGGCCUUCAUGUCCCCAGACCAUAAGAAACCCAUCACAGUGGAACUGCAGAAUGGUGAGGCAUGGGACCUCUCAAAGUGCAAUCAAGUCCACAGGGACAACAAGUCACAGCAUGCAGAGAACAGCAGCCAUGACUUUUCUUGCCCAGAAGGCUACAUGUCUGACCGAAGGCAAUUUAAUGGCACCAUGAAACUGAUCUGUAACCAGCAGAUAUUCACUCGUAUGCUCCAGCCAUUUUUUAUGUUUGGAGUCCUACUGGGGGCAAUCAUCUUUGGAUACUUUUGUGACAAGAAGGGAAGGCAAGCAGCCAUAUGGUUUACAAACACAGGCACAUUUCUCUUUGGGAUCCUGGCCACAUUCACCUUUAAUUACUACAUCUUCAUGAUUUCACGCUUCAUUUUGGCCAUGGUUACCAGUGGCUAUUUCGUGGUGGGAUUUGUCUAUGUGACUGAAUUCAUUGGCAGGAAGUCUCGGACGUGGGCAUCCAUGAAUUUACAUAGCUUUUUUACGAUUGGAGGGCUAAUGGUGGCUUUGAUGGGCUACUACGUCAAGACCUGGUGGGUUUAUCAAGUUAUCCUCUGCUUGGCGACUUUCCCCUGUAUCCUGUGCUGUUGGAUGUUCCCCGAGUCCCCGUUCUGGCUCAUCUCAGAGAGAAAAUACGAAGAAGCGCAAGAGCUAGUGGACAUGAUGGCCAUGUGGAACCGCACCGGCACCUGUGACCUGUGUGAGGUUCUGGCACUGGAUGGGACUGUUGAUAGCAAAUCACCUCCAGCUAAGAAGCCCGACAUCUUAGAUCUGUUUUACAGCUGGAAUGUUACAUCAGGAACGCUGAGUAUUUGGCUGGUUUGGUUCACGGCAAGUUUUGGAUUCUACUCUUUGUCUAUGAGGCCUUCUCAUUUAGAUGACGGUGACUACUACUUCAACCUCUUAUUCCUGGCCAUGUUGGAAAUUCCUGCCUACAACUUCACGUGUGUCCUGGUCAAUAAGAUGGGAAGAAGAAAUGGCCAGGCCUUCUACCUCUUCUGCAUUGCUAUCUUCUGCACCAUAAUCAUCGUGCUCCCCUGGAAAUAUUUUAAGACCAUAUAUGUGGCAAUUAUUUGUGUAAAGUUCUUCGUAGGAUCGACAUUUGGCCUUGUUUUUCUGUACACGGCAGAGCUGUAUCCGACUGUGGUAAGGUCUGAUGGAUCAGGGUUCCAGCAAGAUGACUUCAUGUUAACUUAG